UCAUCGACAAAACAAGUGAAGGAUUCGCUAUCGGAGGAGAAGAUUCUGAACGAUUGGCUUCCAAUCACAAGUAACAGGAAUGCAACCUGGUGGUACUCGGCUGUUCACAAUGUCACCGCCAUGGUUGGUGCUGGUGUGCUUGGUCUUCCUUAUGCCAUGUCUCAACUCGGAUGGGGACCUGGAAUCACUGUGAUGGUCCUUUCAUUCAUUAUCACCCUAUACACCUUAUGGCAGAUGGUAGAGAUGCAUGAGUCGGUACAAGGGAAGAGGUUCGAUAGGUACCAUGAGUUAGGUCAGCAUGCCUUUGGAGAGAAGCUAGGGCUUUGGAUUGUGGUUCCCCAACAACUAAUGGUGCAAAUCGGUACGUGCAUUGUCUAUAUGAUCACCGGUGGCAAAUCAAUGCAGAAGAUUUAUGAUAGUUUGUCCCUUGGAAAACCAACCAAAACCACCUACUUCAUCAUUGGCUUUGCCUCAAUCCACUUAGGCCUCUCUCAGUUCCCCAGCUUGAAUUCCAUUGCUGGUAUUUCUCUUGUUGCAGCUGUCAUGUCCUUGAGCUACUCUACAAUUGCUUGUGGAGCUUCACUACACAAAGGGGUUCAACCAGCGGUGCAGUAUGGCCCCAGGGCUUCAACCACCACUGGGAAUGUGUUCAACUUCUUUAGUGCUUUGGGAGAUGUAGCGUUUGCUUUCGCUGGUCAUAAUGUGGUUUUGGAGAUUCAAGCAUCCAUUCCAUCUACACCUGAAAAGCCUUCCAAAAAACCAAUGUGGAAGGGUGUGAUACUUGCUUACAUAGUUGUGGCUUUGUGCUAUUUCCCAGUUGCUUUCAUCGGUUAUUGGGUGUUCGGAAACACUGUUCAGGAUAACAUCCUGUUAUCAUUGGAGAAACCUAAAUGGCUCAUUGUCAUUGCUAAUGCCUUUGUUCUUAUUCAUGUUAUUGGAAGUUAUCAGGUCUAUGCAAUGCCAGCGUUCGACGCAAUAGAAGCAGGUCUGGUGAAACAGAUGAAGUUCAAACCAUCUUAUUUUCUUCGCGCUGUAACACGAAUGUUAAUUGUUGCAUUUACCAUGCUCAUCGGAAUCGUGUUCCCUUUCUUCGGCGGGCUUCUCAGUUUCUUUGGAGGAUUUGCUUUUGCUCCAACAACAUACUUUAUUCCUUGCAUCAUGUGGCUCAUCCUCAACAAACCUAAGAGGUUUAGUCUAUCCUGGUUUGUAAAUUGGUUCUGCAUUAUACUCGGAGUGUUACUGAUGGUUUUAGCUCCUAUUGGUGCAUUGAGGAAUAUCAUACUUCAAGCCAAGGGUUUCAAAUUCUUCUCUUGA